UGAUGGAAAACUGAUGAAAUUAUGCUUUUGCUAAUUUUGCUGUGUCAGCAAUAUUUAUGCAUUGGUGAUUUCAUCCACUUUGAGUCUGAUUUUAGGCCAAUUUCAUUGUUCCAGUUGACCAAAUUCUUAGUUAUUUCACUAGUAUGCCUUCCAUUCUAUUGAUUGAGUACUACAAGAAACUUCCCUAUCCAACUAUUUAAAUUACCCAAUAAAGUGAUCAGAAAUUGGUAAAUUGUCUAGUUUCACACAAAAUUCAAGAAAUGCCAAUUUCAAAAUAUGGUCCAGAAUAAGCAGUGCAGACAUUCCUGGCACUAAAAUAACAUUUUCUCUGUUCAUUAGUCAAGUCUCUAGGCCCCUCUUAUAUUAUGUUUGCUUUCCAUUUUGAAUUUUUAUUCACACAAAAAAUGGAAGAUUUACUGUUAUGCAGACUUCUGCAUUAUUGUAAUAAUUGUAUAAAUAAUGUCAGUGCAUUCCUAAAUGUGUAUUAGACUGGCCAGUUGGACUCGUAUUGUACAAGUGACAUCAUUUGUGUACUCUGGAAUAUUGGCAAAAAUAGAACAUUUCCACUACUUUGAGCUCAAUUUCAAGCUACUUUCAGUCCUGAAACCAACCAAAAUCAUCUCUAUUUCUGUAACAUUCUAUCAAAUGAGACCAACAAACUGAGAAUAUAACCAUAAAAACCAUAUGAAAAUACACCGCAAAGUCGCUGUUUUAAACCAAUAACAUGGUCGCAUUUUUUUUCUCAUGCAUUGUGUGUUACAGGAUUUUUUUAUAUGGUGCACACUUACUGCACUGACCCAUUCUCUCAUAUCUAGUCCCAAAUUUACCACUCGCAGCUUAUCUGAGUGAGCUGAGUUCACGGUGCUGUACUCUGGGACCAGCUUCAAAGCCAUGUUACAGCGGGACCGACCCUGAAAGGGUUAAUAGAGUGAAAUAUCCUAAAAAUCAUGUGAUACACAAGGACAAGGUGGAGUACAAGGUAAUGGGAUACAGAGUGAGACAAUGAAAGAUUAGAUUGCACUUAUCACUUUUGGAGCUGUUGCAAUAGCUGCUGUUAACAUAUUGAAACAGUGAAGCUAUUUAAUAUGAUAGUGAAAUAUCCUAAAAAUCAUGUGAAGUCAUUUUUACUCAUGUGCCAUUUAACAAGAUCACAAGAUUUUAUUUUGCUAUAUUCAUUGUAUUUACAUGAGAAAAUGUGAAAAAAUACAAAAUACAAGGACAAAGUAUUUAAAGGCACUGCUGUCAAUACAGACAGUAGCCUUUAAGUCAGAUCAUUUCUAUAUACUGUACUUUUAGGGAAUGCAUUACACUUCAGGUCUUGAGUCUAACAAAAUAUUUCUUUCAUUCAUCAUAUAUACCCAUUAGCUGUGUGCAUGGCAUGUUUUAUAUUUGGUUUGUGGAUGUAUCCAUGUACUACAAUAUAUUACACUUUAAAAUGUGACCUUAAUUAGUAUAUAAUACAAAAAUAUGAGAAUACAUUUUUCAGUUUUGAAUAUACAGUAUAUGCAAUAUAUUAUUAAAACUAUUUUUAUAAAAGUGAGUAGUCUAAAGUUGCUUUUUUUGAAUAUAAAUGCUACAAGUGACUGGCAAGAUUUUUUGUGAACAGUGUAGUGCAUUCAUGGGAAGUAAUGAAACCUUGAAUAAUUAGUUUGUGAUUAAAUUAAAAGUUGAUAAGCCUAGAAUGUAUCAGAUUGGUCUAUAUAUUAUUUGUUGGACACAUGAGUAAGGGAUAAGAUAGCAGUGCUGGCUGAAUAAAACAACCAGAUACUGUUUGAAAGACAUUUUAGAUGAGCAUUUUGUCAGCAUCAUUAAGGUGCUGUGUUUGCCAAUCAUAAAAGUUAAAUUGUCAAAGAUUUUUUGUUAUUAUAUCCCUUUUUCUACUUGCUGUGAGAGUAUAAAUUAAAUUCUGUAAUUUAGAAUAGAAAUGAAGCUUAUCUUUAUUUUGAGUAGUUAAAAAAAUCACAAUACCAUGAAUGUCACAUGCUGAUGAUAUACCUGAGACAGAUUUUGGGAGGUCUUCUGUGGUCUGGCCUCAGAUCAGACUUCCCUAUUGGCUGCCUGAUGCACCAGACUGUUGCUUCCCCAGACCUUCAAGUCUAGAAAGCCAUCAUAAUCUGGCUGAUUUGGCACUUUCUACAGAAACUUGUCCAUUUUCCUCUUGAAGAUAUCUGGACGACAGAUAUUGGCAAAUUAUUUCUAUUUGUUUCAUUGAGUCUCUUCUAUAUUCGCUUCUGUAUCUCACAUGCUAGUAAUCUGUUAAAACAGUGUGUAGAUUAGGGACUGCCCUCAGACAAUAAAACCCUGCCUUGCUGCCCAGGAACAAUGAAAACAGACUAGUUUUGGACACAAGCCAGGCUGGAUAAACCUUCAAUGAAGUAGACUUGGUCUGCUUCAUUAAUGGUAAGAUUGACCAGAUGCCAUGUGACACAGUCUGCUGCACUAAUAGUUUUGCCAGACACCUCCUUGCAGGGGAUUUGCUGAGGCUUUGUCAGUUUUAUCCGAUAUGUUUCAUACAGGUCCAUUAUGAUCAAGUGGAAAAUUUUUGGGUCUAAAAUGUAAAAACAAAGAUCAAAUUUGCUGUAGCUUAGAGGUUAGCAGCAGCUAGAAUUAAUGCUGUAGUCAUGCCACCUGCCUCAAAAUAUAGCAUCAGUUUUUAUUUCUAUGAUAUUAGUCUUCCUCUUAAACUUAUGUUAGAAUAUGGGAAAACAAAUAAGAAAGCUACACAUGGCCCAUGUUUGAACUAAGACUCAGAAAUUCUGAGAGUGUAUACCCUUUCCCAGGAAUCAGAGAGUAGCACUCAUCUGAGCCUGGCUGAUUGAAUGAUGUAAUAGUAAUUCAUUAAACAUCUUACAUUCACUAAAUAGUUUUGCCCUUAAUAUAUCCCAUUUAAGGUUCAUUUCUGGUAAGAAGUAACUUUGUUAGAUGAGAACUGCUUAAUUUUCAUCUGUAAUCAAGUUCAUCAGAUAUCCAGCUUUAGAUAUUUUUAUAUCAAAACUCUUAAUUCAGUUAUAGUUUAAAAAGCUUAACCCAUUAGGUACAAAAUUCCUUCAUCGUAUUUUAGGAAUCGAUGUGUAUCGCUGUCUGGAUGUGGCUUCUUAGGCGUGUACGUUAUUGGAGCACUGGACUGUCUAAAAAUGUACUCUCCAAGAUUCUUACACAGUGCUGUUAUUGCUGGAGCAUCAGCAGGAGCCUUGCUUGGAGCAUCAGUGGUGUGUGAUGUGCCUCUUAAAGGUGUUAGGAAUGGCUUUCUCCGCACUGCAGUUGAGGCUCGCAAAUGGAAAAUGGGAGUCUUUACCCCAGGAUUUAAAUUUGAAGAUUAUUUGAAUGCAGGACUGGAGUCAUUACCCUCAGAUGCUCACAUCAGAGCAAGUGGCAGACUUUAUGUGUCAGUUACUCGGGUUACCAAUAAGGAAAAUGUAUUGGUGUCCAAUUGGGAAUCAAGAGAGGAGCUCAUUCAGUGUCUCCUGUGUUCAUGCUUCAUCCCACUUUAUUCGGGUUUUAAAUUCCCACUCUUCCGGGGAACCAAAUACAUAGAUGGAUGUUUUACCAAUAACCUUCCCGUGAUCCAGCAGCCAGCCAUCACUAUAAGCCCAUUUGACAGCUUAACAGACAUUUGUCCAAAAAGUAAUUCAAAAAGACCAGUGUAUGUAAAUAUUUCUAAUGAACAUUUGGCUUUAACAUUAGCCAACGUAGUGAGAUUGGUCCAAGCCAUGUUACCCCCACCAGCGGAGGUUUUGGAGAGCUUGUAUCUUAUGGGUUACAGGGAUGCGUAUUAUUUUCUUAAAAAGAAAUGUUCAUUCAUUAGGCGUGGUAAACAGCUGUAUCCUUGAUAACCCCUACUAAACAUUUAAAUUUAU